UGCAUUUAUUGCAUUAGUACUAAGCCGCCCCAGUGAUCAAUCUCUGUUGUGAACGCGAACGCGUACGGAUUGUUUCGAGAAACGCACGGCAAACCGCUACAAACAUUCCUCAGUGGAAAUUAGAAAGAAUUCUUUGUAGAAAACUUUGUUGUUUUAUUGGAAACCCAAUUUUUGUAAACAAAAGUGAGAAGAUGGUCAAAUACGUUACGGACAAAGCGUUGUGCUGUGUCAGCCUGCGUAAUGCCUGCAUGGGCAUAUCGAUAUUCUUUCUGGCCGCGGUGGUGCUGAACGUCAUAUUGCAUCCAAGUUAUUUGCAAAACACUUCUUUAUUGGUAGGAUUCAUUAUUGAUCUGCUUGCCAAUUUGGCGCUGCUCUUCGGUGUUUUGUGGAGCAACGCUUGGCUGGUUUUGGCUUGGUUUGUCUUCGCCGUGCUGUUCUUCAUUGGUUGGCCCGUCGCAGUUUUAGGUGUAAUUUUCAAUUAUGGCGAUUAUCGCGCAGCUGCUUUCUUCGACAAUGUAUUUCUCAUACUAUUCGAAUAUAUACUGACUUUGGUGACUUUGGUCUAUUGCUCAUAUAUCGUCUCCUCCUAUUUCCAUCAAUUGCGGAAUAGUCAGUCAGCGACACCAAAUGGCUCAGCGGCACCAAAUGGCUCAGCGAUACAUUACAUUGUUGUGUAAAUACAUAAUAAAAUUAUGUACUUAGCCAUAUACUGUGGUACAUACAUUUGUACAUACAUAUGAAUGUAUAUAGUACAAAAUCGAAAACAUAAAAUCAGAUUUUUUUGUUUGUAUAAUGCAGUAAUUUUUUAUAUAUACAUUUUUCAAUCAUUAAUAUAUGAUUAUAUAUAA